AGAUAAGCCCCUGCUUACAUUAACAGAUUUCCAGGCAUUUGCUUUCCAUACACCAAUCCAACGCAUCACCUAUUCAUUGAAGGAAAUCUUGGGCUGAGAAUGGCGUCCGCUUUUGCUUCCUCUGCCAUUGCUGCUGUGGCCAUCGCUUCCCCAAGUUCCCAAAAGAAUGGAUCUAUAUUGGGUGCAACAAAAGCUUCUUUCCUUGGUGGGAGGAAACUGAGAGUGAGAAAAUAUACGGCACCAAGUGGAACACGAUCACUUUCGGUGUGUGCAGUCGCGGCUGACCCAGAUAGGCCUCUCUGGUUCCCGGGCAGCACCCCUCCUCCAUGGCUCGACGGCAGCCUCCCUGGUGACUUCGGAUUUGAUCCUCUAGGUCUUGGAUCUGAUCCCGAGACCCUAAGAUGGAACGUGCAAUCAGAGAUUGUGCACUGUAGAUGGGCAAUGUUAGGCGCUGCGGGUAUUUUCAUCCCAGAGUUGCUAACAAAGCUUGGCAUCCUGAACACCCCAUCAUGGUACACUGCCGGUGAGCUGGAAUACUUCACUGACACGACCACCCUCUUUGUCAUCGAGCUAAUCUUAAUCGGCUGGGCCGAGGGAAGACGCUGGGCAGACAUCCUCAAGCCUGGAUCUGUAAACACCGACCCCAUCUUCCCCAACAACAAGCUCACAGGAACAGAUGUUGGGUACCCUGGGGGACUUUGGUUCGACCCACUUGGAUGGGGAAGUGGUUCUCCUGAGAAGAUCAAGGAGCUGAGGACAAAAGAGAUCAAGAAUGGGAGGUUGGCAAUGUUGGCUGUCAUGGGUGCGUGGUUCCAACAUAUCUACACUGGCACAGGCCCCAUUGACAACCUUUUUGCCCACCUUGCUGAUCCUGGUCAUGCCACCGUUUUUGCUGCCUUCACCCCCAAAUGAGGAUGGAUUGGAUGCUGUCAAUGAUUUCAAGCAUGGGAGAGACUGGACGAACAUUUUUACAGGGCAGCUUAGAAGAUGUGUGUUUUCAGAAAGAAUAUUUGUAUCUGUGGAACUUAUAUCGUAUUUGAUCAUGUCUUCUGCAGAAUGCUCAUGCAAUGUACAAAUGCCACUUUUUAAUUAGAUGCGCUGAAUAUUAGUUCAGAUGAAAUUCGCUUC